GCCCACCCCGCCCAAAAAUGAAAUGAAAAAAAUACAAGGGCAGAAGGUGGUGAGGAUGAAAUGAAAAUCGAAAUCGAAAUUACUUAAAAACAAACCCUUACCAAAUUUCGUGUUUUAAUUGUAACCUCUCUCUCUUUCCCUCACACUUUCCCUCGCAUCGUCUCUUUUGUUUUCUUCCUCACAAAUAUUUUUGCUUCCAAAACUCCAAAACCACGCACGCACGCUUCUCCCAAAUUAGGUAUAAACCACCACCAGAUCUGGUUAUCAUCUCAUUCCACCGCCGCACCGGAGAUUCAUUCCAUUGCAUUCCGUGGCAUGAUCUUAGCGCCGCUGUUCUUGAUUCUGAAAUAUUUAUAGCUCGCUCGCUCGCUCAAUGUCUGCCAUGGAUUUAAUCUGGAGAGGGAACGACAAUGUGGUUCCAGACGCUUCUCAUUUCUCCGUCGCGAUCUACUUCGCUUUUGGUAGUUUGGCCGCUAGGUUCAUUCUUGAUAGAUUCGUCUUUCGCAGGUUGGCUAUCAGGAUGUUGACAAAGGGUAAAGCUCCUUCGCGGAUUAAUAAGGAAAUGCAAGUAAAGAUUGCAAAAUGCACGGAGUCAAUGUGGAAGCUAACAUACUAUGCUACAGUUGAAGCUUUUAUUCUUAAAUUUAUCUACCAUGAACCCUGGACUACUAAUAGGAAAAUGUUCACUGAAGACUGGCCAAAUCAUGAGUUGAAGAGUCCCUUUGUGAUUUACUACAUGUGCCAAUGUGGGUUCUACAUUUAUAGCAUUGCUGCUAUUCUCUUGUGGGAGACUCGAAGGAAAGAUUUUGCAGUGAUGUUUACUCACCAUGUAAUUACUGUUGUACUGAUUGGGGUCUCAUAUCUAACAAGUUUUUUCAGGCUUGGCGCCAUAACCCUAGCCCUUCAUGAUGUAAGUGAUGUAUUCAUGGAAGCUGCCAAGGUAUUCAAGUAUUCUGGCAGAGAAUUUGGUGCUAGUGUGUGUUUUGCAUUCUUUGCAGUUUCAUGGCUCAUACUACGGCUAAUUUUCUUUCCCCUUUGGAUUAUUAAAACUACAAGCCUUGACCUUCAGAAGGUCUUAAACCUAUCAGAGAGGCUUCCCAUGUUACUUUACUAUGUGUUUAAUACAUUGCUUAUAAUGCUGCUCAUCUUCCAUGUAUACUGGUGGAUGCUCAUAUAUGCGAUGAUCAAUAGACAGUUGAAAAACAGGGGAAAAGUUGGGGAGGAUAUUAGAUCAGAUUCAGAUGAUGAUUGAACAGAUGAAGGAUUUUCUUGAGUUUUCUCCGUUCUUGCUGGUCAGUGGUGGCUCUGCAGAUACUGCUUUGGAGUUGUCUCUAGAGUUCUAGAAGUUCAGUUGGUUAGUACAACCAAAUGAUGAAGGCUGAAUUUUCGCUAGUUUCAAAAUUUUCAUUGAUCACCUAGUAGAGUUGAAGUAGGAUAACCGUCUGAGCAUAAGUCAUAUUUUUGCUGUAUAAAUCAUAGGAAUUCCUGUAUAAUUUUUUCCCUCCCAACCAAACCCCUUUUAGUAGCCCAAGGGUUCAGAGAAAAGUAGGGUGGAUAAACAAAGUGAAGAAUUCUUACAGUACUUUUCAUGCUGUUUGAUGUAGUGUAAAGUGCUGCUCUUGUGGAUGUCAUUUCAUGUAAAAUUGUGGCGAUGUGGUUUUACCGGAAAUUUCAAUUUCAAAGACUUUAGCCUUGUCCAAAAA